AUGGAUCGCAUUACGCUGUCGGAGGAGGCAAACAUUGUGGCAUAUGAUGGCGCCGAAUAUCUUGAGAAUAACUGCGCCGAGGAGCCAAGCAAGCUGUGUGAGUUCAAGCGCAUCUCGGGUCGCAUUCUAAAGACCGUCGACUCGGUGCAUCAGAACGUAGAAAGCAUUGACGAUUGCCGCGACCUCUGCUUGAACGCCCCCUUCCGCUGCCACUCCUACGACUUCAAUGAGACGGGCGAACAUGUCUGCCGUUUGUCGCACCACAGUCGCGCCACCUUGACAGAUCUCUCCGAGCCCUACCUGAACAUUGAAGAGGCGGCCACUUACGAGCAAUCGGCCUGCUACAAUGUCUCCAUCGACUGCCGCUCCGGCGAGAUGAUCACCAAAAUACGCACCUCCAAGCUGUUCGACGGCAAGGUCUAUGCCAAGGGAGCGCCCAAGUCCUGCGCUGUCAAUGUCAACAACUCGCUAGAGUUCGAUCUGCGCAUGCGGUACAACGAUCUGGAGUGCAAUGUGCGCCAGAGCGCCUAUGGACGCUAUAUGAAUGAUAUUGUCAUACAGCAUCACGAUAUGAUUGUUACCUCCUCUGAUUUGGGCCUGGCCGUUAGCUGCCAGUAUGAUUUGACCAACAAAACGGUUGUGAAUAAUGUCGAUCUGGGCGUCACUGGGGAGAUCGAGUCGACGCUGAGCGAAGAGAUAAUUGUGGACUCACCGAAUGUCAUAAUGAAGAUCACAGCACGCGAUGGCAGCGAUAUGAAGCGUAUUGCCGAGGUCGGUGAUCCGCUGGCGCUGCGCUUUGAAAUCAUUGACGCGAACAGUCCGUAUGAGAUAUUUGUGCGCGAACUGGUAGCCAUGGACGGCACAGACAGCGCCGAGAUUACACUGAUCGAUGCCAACGGCUGUCCCACGGAUCAAUACAUCAUGAGUGCUAUGCAAAAGAUGGCCAGCAAUCGCAAGGUGCUGCUCUCACAGUUCGACGCCUUCAAGUUCCCCUCCUCGGAGCUGGUGCAAUUCCGCGCCUUGGUCACGCCCUGCAUACCGCGCUGCGAACCGGUUAUUUGCGACAACGAUGAGAACGGCGAGCUCAAGUCGCUGCUGUCCUAUGGCAGGCGCAAGCGUUCGGUGCUCAACGGCACCGAUGGCGUUGAGCUGGCCAUUAUGUCGGAACGCCAAAAACGUGAUGUGAGUCAUCAGACGACCGAUGAGAACAUUUUGCUGGUGCAGUCGAUACAAAUCACCGAUAAAUUUGCCUUCAAUGGCGCCGAUGCCAACAACAACGAGCCCAGCGACGGCCUGGCCAAGCUGCAACUGGAAUUGGCCAACAAAACGGACACUUGCAUUAAUGGCUAUGGCUUCAUAAUUGCCGGAGCGCUGUUUCUGUUGCUGCAACUGACGGUCAUUGCUGUCUGGGACAAUAUGCAAAAGCGCGCGUUAAACAAGCGAUAA